UCGCCUCUCAAGAAAGCUCCGCCAAGAAGCUGUCAAACUAUUGCUGCAACGUUGAAAAACAAAAGAUUAUGAUUCCAGCCAAGGUCCUUGCUGCUACAGUGUGCCUGGUAGUAGUAGUUGCUGCUACGCCCAAGAAUGAAAGCUGCGACUUCUCCGGCAUCGACCUGGACUACGCAGUGUCGAGCGUUCUGACUCAGUUGCCUAAUGACCAUCCGAUAGGGCUCACCGGUUUUACCCCCUUGCUUCCGGUAAUUGAUAUCGGGUUUAAGCAGUUCAACGGUUUUAACAAAAUGACUCGUUAUGGGCCGCUGGUUCCUUAUUGCGUUGACGGCAAGUACAUGGCGCAAGUGGACCUGAUCAACAGCGAAGACAUUUCCAUGUCUGCGCACUGGAAGGCUUGUUCCGGGCAAGAAGGAGAAGUUAUAUUGCGGAACUCUUUGACACGUUUCACGGUUCAGUUUCGCGUCGUUCUUCACCCUGUUGCGCGCGCUUAUAGACUUGAAUUUGAAGAUGCUGUAGUUCCCGUGAUUUCGGCUUACCCUUACGUUGUUAUUGAAGGUGCCGGUCGAGAAGUCCGCGGAGCGAGUAUGUGGCUUAGUAAAAUCUUUCCCGCGGUCACACAAAACAUUUGGAACGAUCUUUUCACGAAGCACUUCAGUGUUGCCUUGCGUGACGCUGCGCGCAAGCUUUAUGGGGGAGGCAAGAUACCCGAUCUGUUCUGGGAACGACUGAUGUAACAGGAUUGCCUUGCAUGAUUUCACUGAACCGCAUAUGUCAGUCCUCGACACGUGCCAGUGGAUGCGUGUGUACCCAGUGGCGCGUGUGGAGCAUGCUCCCGUACCAUUAGGUGUCUUAUGUGCAAAAUAAAUGUAUUACAGUGAGCUUUUGUUGCUUCCUUCA